AUGGAAUCAUUAAUCGUAGUUUUCCUUCUACUCGUGUAUCAAAUUAUGGGUUCACCACUAGAAAAUCCAUUUGAGGGAUAUGGUUAUCUGCCACCCUCGUGUCCCUUGAUGUACCCAACAACGGUAACAUCAACAGUUCGCCAAACGAAUACGGAAAGAAUAACCAAAACUGAGACAAUAGUGACAAUCCUCAAACCGAUAACAGUCACCUCAAUAGUUCCAACAACAACCACAGAGAUAGAAACCGCUACCAGCUACCGAACCGAUUUCCAAACUUUGAUCAGCACGCUUGUGAAAACUUUACCAGCGGAAACUGUAACGACUACCGUGUGCACCCUGAACAACGCUUACCUGCCCGCGGAAAAUGAUCCAACGAGCGUUCCUCCACCAGCCAGUUUAUAUCUACCAGUGGAUGUUCUUCCACCAUUCGCGCCUCCACCAACUAAUUUAAAUCUAGCAGUGGACAUUCUACCGCCUCUCGCGCCCUCUACCGUUGAUGCAACGUCACCCACCGCUGAGUGCCCACGUCCCAGUACUGUUACAAUUACCCACGGUACCCAGGUGCCAACUACAACGAGGACCAUCUUCAUCCAACCGAGCACAGAUGCCAUCUUUGCCAGAACCAGCACCAAAACCGCCAUACAGAACGUGAAAACGGUGACAAAAUCGCUCACCCGAACAAAAUCGGUAAUUCAGUACGACCAGUUGGUCACCAAAAUUGUCUCCGUUACACCCACGCUGACCAGUUAUGUCUACUUCGAGCCAAUCACGAAAACGAUAACCGACCGGAGGAGUCCCACCGCUGCAGUUAGCGGUGGAUGA